AUGCCAGCAACUACGACGACCAAUUCCGUAGUAUCGAAUCUGGUUACGAUGGAUGAACUUCACAAUAGCAUGGAACGCUUCUGGGAGAUUGAAGAGGACAAGUCCACGCCCAACUAUUCUCCGGAUGAGACGAAAUGCGAGGAGCACUUUUUGAAAUGGACAUCCCGAGACAAAACGGGUCGAUAUAUGGUUCGACUCCCCCGUACUGAUUCAGCGAUUAAAUUGAGCGAUAACGAGAAGACUGCUUUGCAUCGUUUCUUUCUUUUAGAAAAACGCCUGGCGCGUGACCCCAAAUUGGAUAAUCGGUACAAAGAAUUCAUGAAGGAGUGUAUCCAUUUAGGUCAUAUGACACCCAUUUCGGAGAGACAGAAAGGGACGAGUGGAUAUUAUUUGCCACACCAUCCAGUCGUUCGGGAGGACAGUGCGACGACCAAGGUGAGGGUCGUCUUUGAUGCGUCGUGUAAAAGUCAAAGCGGAAUCUCGUUGAAUGACACUCUUUUAGUCCAGUUAUCCAAGAAGACUUGCGUUCGAUUAUCGUAA